CGAGUUAAAAUACUCGUAACUUGUAUUGUAAAGAUAUCAGUCUAUAUGACAGCUUUUUAUUAGCUUCUGGUACAACCUUGGAUUCUAUAAAUUGCUUAACAAUUUCUUAAAGAACUCACAGUUUUAUUGAUCUCCAAGUGCAUGUAACAACGUGAUUAAAUAAUCAAAGCCGUGGAUUUUUUAAUAAAUUAAAACUGAAUAAAUAAUUAAAGAAGAAAUAGAAAAGAUAUCAAUGCAUUCUACAAAAUGAGGACAUCAUCGGUUUUAUUAUUAACCGUUGUUGUCGUUGUGGCCAUUUAUGGCGGUUAUGCCAAAGCUAGUAUUAUACCAAUAGGCGGCGUACUACCACCAUAUGUUGUUUUGCAUCAACCAAAUGUGGUAGUGGCUACCUCUGGAGAUGGCUCCGCUGCUGUGGCAGCCGCCGCUGAAGCAGCUCAAAAUGUUGUCAAUAGUGUACAAGAAGCUGCCAACCAAGCUGUUAGUAAUGCUCAAGUUGCUGCUGACGCUGCUGGUGUAAAUGCUCAGGCUAUUGCAGAUGCCGCCCAAGCUGUGAACGAUAAAAUAGCUGCUGCUGCUGAAGCUCAAGCUGCUGCAAAUGCUGCUGCUAUUGCUAAUGCACAAGCUGCCGCUCAAAAUCUAGCAGCUGCUAAUGCUGAAGCUGCCGCAAAUGCAGCAUCCGCCGCUAAUGCUCAAGCUGCUGCUGCUAAUGCUCAAGCCGCUGCUAAUGCUCAGGCUGCUGUUGAUGCCGCAGCUGCUGCAAAUGCUGAAGCUGCCGCUGCUGCUAAUGCUCAAGCCUUGGCAAAUGCUCAAGCUGCCGCUGCUGCUAAUGCUCAGGCUGCUGCAGCUGCUAAUGCUAACGCCCAAACGGCUGCCAAUGCUCAGAUUGCUGCUGCCGCCAAUGCUCAAGCUCAAGCAGCUGCUAAUGCUCAAGUAGCUGCUGCUGCUAAUGCCCAAGCUGCCGCUGCUGCCAAUGCUCAAGCAAUAGCUGCUGCUAAUGCCCAAGCUGCUGCUAAUGCACAAGCUGCUGCCAAUGCUCAAGCUGUUGCAAAUGCACAAGCUGCUGCCAGUGCUCAAGCUGCUGCUAAUGCUCAAGCUGCUGCCAAUGCUCAAGCUGUUGCCAAUGCUCAAGCCGCAGCAAUUCAAGCUGCUGCUGGUUCUGGUGUAGUAGUUUCUGUAGUGCCUGCUGUUCCCGGUUUACCAGGUGCCCCCGGUGCUCCAGGAGGUGGUGGCGCACCCGGAGGUGCUGGUGGUCUAGCCAUAGGAAUAGCUGGAGCUGGUUCAGCCGGUGGUGCAAAUGGAGGCGCUGGUGGUUCUGGAGGCUCUGGACCCGCUGGUGGCGGCGGAGGAGGUGCAGGUGGUGCUGCUGCUGGCGGUAGUGGUGGAGGAGGUGGUGGUGCAGGUGCCGGUCCCUUAGGUGGUGGCGGAGCUGGUGGUGGUGGUUCAGGUGGUGCCGCUGGUGGCGUCUACAUUUCAGGCAUAAGUGGUAGUAAUGGCGGCAACGGAGGUCCUUCUGUCGGUUAUAUUUGCGGACCCGAUGGUGCUGAUGGUGCCGAUGGUUUGGAUGGUCCAAGCGGUCCCGAUGGCUCAAUAGGCGGCAGAGGUGGUAAGGGUGGUAAGGGAGGCAAAGGUGGCUGUAUUGGUGGCGGAGGAGCUGGUGGUGCUGGAGGUGGCGGUGGUGCUGCUCCAAUACCUGGUCCCGCUCCCGUCUGGCCCGAGCCCAUUAUUCUCAAUACCAUCCAAUGGUAAUAAUGCGAUUUUAGUUUAUUUCUUCUCUUUAACGUUAAACUUUCUUUAACAUUGCGAAAAUUUCACUGAGGCAACAUUAAGAUUAAGAAAAUUAUUUGAAUUUUUGUAUGAUUACAUUUUUUUACUUUUUUUGGUUUUUCUUAGUAUUUUUUUUCUUCCAAUACAAGGAAAUGAAGGUGCAUACACAUACAAUGUUUACAUACGUUUUUCUUUAAGUUAACCUUAGUUUAAGUCUAGUCAUAAAUAACACCUUAAACGAAACUACACUGUGUUUAUUUGUCUUUGCAUGCGAAUAUAUAAAAUAUUCAAAAGAAAAUCUAA